AAUAUUACGAAAUCGAGGUGCGGAGUUGACAUUAGCUUUGACCAAAAUAAGUUAAAUUUUGCACAAACUUCUUACAAACUGCACAUUUUUUAAUUUGAUAUGGAAGAUAUAGAUACAAUUUCGCAUAAAGACUUUAAUCGAUGUGUUCAAAUGUGUCAGUUAGUCGAGAAUGGACUAUUUGCUGAUAUAUCAUUCAAGAUUGUUGAUAAUGGUAAAGAGGUAAUAAUCAAGGCUCAUCGUGUGUUAUUGUUCUGCGAAAGUAUGGUUUUCCGAACCAUGUUAUCCAAUACAUGGUCGCAACAAGAUCCCAUACUUAUUGAAGAUACAACUCCGGAAGCCUUUAAAUUAUUUUUAAGGUACAUUUAUUCGAAGGAUUCAAAGCUUUUAAAUAAUUCUGGAGAUGUUCUUGUCGAGUUAUUAUAUUUGGCUGAAAAAUACAUUCUACCUCAAAUGAAAAGCCUCUGCAGACAGAAAAUCCUAUCAAAUAUGUCUGAAAGUAUUCAAGACGUCUGCCUCUAUCUACAAGCGUCAAAAUGGUUGAAAGAUGAUGAGAUCAAAGUCAAAUGUCUUUGCUUAAUUUCUGUUCAAACAGCUCAAUGUUUGGAAAACGGAUUAGAUUAUCUCGGAAGAGAGAGCUUUAAAGAUAUAUUACUUUUAGAAGAGAUAUCUUGCACGGAAUACGAUCUCUUUUGCUUUCUUAUGGAAUGGACAAAGAACGAGAAGGGAGAAGCGCGGGAAAUAUUGGGAGAUCUUUUAUACGACAUUAGAUUUCCAACAAUGUCGGCUCUUGAGUUGAAUAGUAUAUUCAAUUGCUACAAAACUUUAUUAAGUGUUGAAGAGAAGAAUGAUAUUUUCAAUCUGAAAAACAGUAACCAAAGAAAAUCACGCUUUAAUUCCUCAAGAAGAGCCAGAGAUUACGAUGUUCAUACGAUGUUCGAUGAAUUCUUUUUAACCCUUGAAAAGGGAAAUGCUAGUCUUGCAGCUAAGAUUCUUAAAGGGAAUUACGUCACAAAAAUUCAUAAAAUAUCCAAAAGAAAUGUAGUUGACUUUGAGAAUUAUCAGUACGAAAAGUUUAAUGUUAACAAACCGAUUGGCUACGUUAUAGAUGGAAAUUACGGUAAUAAGCAUCUCUUGGAGAAAUUAAAUAGUAGUUUAAAGAUGAUAGAGGAGCAUACUUGCCUUAAAUUUAGACAAUUAACCAAAGCUGAACCAAAAAAAGACUACUAUAUAAAUAUACAGAAGAAGGCGAAUGGUUGCUUUGCGUUGAUUGGCUUUACGAAAGAAUUGCCCAAAGACUUGGAUAUAAACUUAGGAGAUAAUUGCUUCGCUCUAGGUACACCUAUUCACGAAUUUUUCCAUACUGUGGGUUUUUCUCAUGAGCAAUGUAGGCCUGAUAGAGAUGAGUAUGUUAAAAUUAAUUGGGAUUUCGUUAGGGGAGGAUUGGAAAAAAAUUUUCGUCUGGAUGAUAAUCUGGUCACAUAUGGAAUUCCGUAUGAUUAUAACUCUCUUAUGCAAUACAAUAGUCAGGCAUUUUGCAAAAGGGAAAAACACAUUUGUAAACAACCGACAAUAAUUACAAAAGAUAAACGCUAUCAGGCAAACUUGGGGCAGAGGGUUGAAAUUUCAUUUCUGGACGGAUUCCUUAUGAAUCAAAUAUACUGCCAAUGUAAAGGCGUAUCAAUAAAAUGCCAGAAUGGAGGUUAUCCUCAUCCAAAAGAUUGUUCAAAGUGUAAAUGUCCUGACGGGUUAGGAGGAGAUUACUGCGAAAAUGUUGAAUUAAGCCAUUCAAGUUGUAAAACGGCUGGCGACAUAUUUAUGAAAGUUGGGGAAGAAAAAGUGAUUACUUCUCCUAACUAUAAAGCGAAACGUUACGAAGUUGGUCAUAAUUGUAAUUGGAAAUUUACCAGCCCUGAAAAUACUAGGAUAAGAAUAACAUUCAAAGACUUUAAUAUAAACAAAGAUGCCUGUUAUAUGCUUCACCAAUGCGUUGAACAAUGGGUGGAGGUCAAGUUCAAAAAAGAUAUGAGAGAGAACGGUUAUAGAUUGUGCUGCAACGAGAUUCCAGAGGAUAUAAUAUCCGAAUCGAAUGUAAUGAUUGUCACUUUUAGACCUAAUAUGGUAUGGACCAAUGUUAAAAAGUAUCAAGGAUUUUUUAAAGCAAUAGUAUCAGUCGAUGGUGCUAAGAAGCAUAAAGAAAGUGAAAACCUACCAAAUGCUAAGGAAGCAUACACUGAAUGGACUAGUUGUCAAUUUAGGAAGUGUAAGUGUGGAGGUUGCGGAUUGAAGUCUAAAUAUAGUCUAUGCCCUAAUCAGUUAAACCGUCUGAUCCGAUGUGUUGGAGGCGAAAAUAAAACAAAAACAGAGUCAUGCGCUAGGGACGAACGACCUUGUUCGAAAUAUGAUAAAUACUUGAUUAAUACUAAUGGAAGAUUGACCUUGAAAUCCUGUCUGGAAUGCUGUUCUGAUAGAAGAAACGUAGACGGUUUAUGUAAAUUAGACAAGUGA